AUGGUCGACAAUGUGUCGAAUGCUGUUAUAAAAAGUAUCGAUAAAAAGUUCAGUCAAAUUGAACAAAAAGUGACCCAUUUGCAAGAUGAAUUAGCUGCUGUGAAAAAGUCGAUUGAUAACAUGGUGAAAAGAAGUAAGGAUGAUGCUAGUAAACUUAUACAACAAAAUGGAAUUCUAGAGAAAAAAUUAGAUAACAUAGACCAGGACAGAAGAAAGAAAAAUCUGAGAGUUUUCAAUGUUAAAGAAAAAGAUAAAGAAAAUACCAGAGAAGAAAUACUUGCACUACUGAGAACGAAACUGGCAAUAAACCUCUCUACAAAUGACAUAGUUAUAUGCUACAGAGUGGGAAAACAGGAAGAAGGAAGAAAACCAAGAGGGAUAUUUUUGAAACUCAAAGACUUCAACAUGAAACAGGAGAUAUACAGAAAGAAAAAAUUGCUCAAAGGUACCGGUGUAGUCAUACGCGAAGACCUAACACACCAUAGAAUUGAAUUACUAGCUCAUGCGGUUGAAAAAACAUCUCUACAAAGUGUUUGGACCGAUAAAGGCAUAAUAUAUGUAAACAUUGAUAACAAAAUUUCAAUAAUAAAAUCACGAGAAGAAUUUGAUAAACUUUUCUGA